AUUCAUUUAAAAUGUUAAACUUAAAUAAAAGAAAGUGUAAGGUGAGUACCGGUUUAGUAUAAUUCUUGCUUCUAUAAAGAAAGAUUCAACAAAAAAAAAAACUUCACUCAAAAAUGUUUAAAUACAUCAUUGUUAUGUUUGCUCUGAUUGCAAGUGUUGCUGCUAAACCGGGAACUAUUACACAUAUUAUUGCCCAUUCACCUUCAUUAGUUGCUACUCCUUUGGUCCAUUCAGCACCUUUGGUUCAUUCAGCACCUUUGGUUCAUUCAGCACCUUUGGUUCAUUCAGCUCCUUUGGUCCAUUCAGCACCCUUAUCAGCUGUGCCCUUGACUUAUUCAGCACCUUUACCAGAUAGCCCAUUGGUUUAUUCAGCGCCUUUGGGAUAUGUAUCUUCUUAUGGGUACUAG